GCUAGACGAGAACGAGAGGGCAGUGCAGUUUGGUGCGGCUGUGUGGCACCCGUGCAGUUCGAGCUUUUCCGCUGGCGUGCAUUUUUUCUCGCAGUCACGGUUGUUGUUGUUGUCGAGGAAAGUCGUAAAUAAAUCGUCCGGCGUAAGCGUGUUCGAGCGUCACGAUUUUCCGCGAUCAUCCCGUCACAAAAGACCGCGCGGAUGUGUCGUUAGUGUUACACGUGUUCUUUACGUUCGUCGCAGUGUUUUGUGAAGAAGAGAGGCCAAGAUACAUACGCGGAACUGCGACUAAGACGGGAGGGAAAGAGAAGAAAGACGACGUAGAAGAAGGAAGAAACAGAAGAUGAGCAAGACGUGCGCCCGCUGCGAGAAAACGGUCUACCCGAUCGAGGAGCUCAAGUGCCUCGACAAGAUAUGGCACAAACAGUGCUUCAAAUGUCAGGGUUGUGGAAUGAUUCUGAACAUGAGGACGUACAAGGGGUUCAACAAACAGCCAUACUGCGAGGCACACAUACCGAAAGCGAAGGCGACCACAAUGGCGGAGACACCGGAACUAAAACGUAUCGCGGAGAACACGAAGAUCCAAAGUAACGUGAAGUAUCACGCAGAGUUCGAGAAGGCAAAGGGCAAGUUCACCCAGGUGGCGGAUGAUCCGGAGACACUGAGAAUCAAGCAGAACAGCAAGAUCAUCUCGAACGUCGCGUACCACGGCGAACUUGAGAAGAAGGCGAUCAUGGAGCAGAAGAGGACGAUGACCGGCGAGAACGGUGAACAAAUUGAGUGCAUAGAGUACACGGACGGUACACUCGCGCCUACAUCGGUGAACGCGAAUCCACCGGUCGCGAGAACUGCGAACUCGCCGGUGCAAAGGACACCAGGUAGGAUCGCCGAUUACGAUCCCCUUAGCGAGGCAAGGCCGAGCCCUUAUUCCGCCAGGCAGGCGGCCACAACUGUGAUUUAUACGAGCGACAAGGGACCAGUGACGAAUCCACCUACCAGAAAGAUUGGUUCGGUGGCAGAUAUUGACCCCGUGAACGAGUACUAUGGAUCGUUGACGCCGGCCACGAACAACAAUCACGUUCCACAGCAUCAACCGCCUCCUCCUCCACCGGCCAAUGUUGGAAGAGUGUACCGAGCGAUGUACGACUACGAGGCCCAGGACCUCGACGAGGUGAGCUUCUGCGACGGUGAUCUGAUCGUGAACUGCACGGCCAUCGACGAAGGCUGGAUGACGGGGCUGGUUCAGCGUACAGGACGACACGGCAUGUUGCCCGCGAACUACGUGGAGCCGGCGCAGAUUUAAAAUGCUUUCUUUAUACUCUGCCUGCGUACCGUCGUCGUGUUCGUUUCACCUCGACUUUGUCUCUUCGGUGGUCAGGCCACUUUGAUCGAAACGCUUCGAACGAAGAAAGUGGCGCAGACAAAAAAACAGCGACACAUUCGAAGCGAUACAUUCGAUCUAACCUCUGGAAAGAAAAAAUGAAAAGGAAGAACCGACGAUUCCUUUCGUGCAAUCGAUAUGGAACGUUUGCGAUUUCGAUGCCAAUUUUGACAUUUUGUCUUUUGAGGGACGAUCAAUUUUUUUUUUCAUUUAUUCUGGGAAAUAUACUACUUUUUAAAGUGGAAGUUUGUAUGUAAUUAGGUAGAGGAGAGACACUCACCUUGUCUAUGUUUAUGAUGAAA